GGUUACGAGUUUGCUCAAUCUGAAAUGCAUAUCUGCUCUAUUGGCUCUUGCUCAUGCUGGUAGAAACUGUAAACGGGACAAUUCGGAGCUCCUUCGUUGGCAGGGCGGGUUCUAACAAGAAAUUGCAGACAAGAGCUCAUCCAGAAUUCUCGACGUGAAUUGCCCUGAUAGAGUUUCCCAAUCUCCGAUUUCGAAACUGGCAAUUCUUCACGAGCACUAUCGAUUGUAGCACGAAUGAAACAGAAUGAAACAGAAUAGAGAUUGGCAUGUUUCUUGUGAUUUUUCUCCCAGUCCGUCUCUGACAGAUGAGCAGCUCAUCGGGCGAAACUCCUCAAAGUCCUCGCAGAUCUUUCAAGACCUGGAGUUGCUACUGCGUGCGAUUUGACGUCGGAAUUUGUAAAGAUUGAUGCACAAACUUUCUCUAUUCGAAGACGAUGGAGACGAGAAACUUUUGCCCUAACGGAAUCAGCAGCAUGGAAAAACCACGGCAAGUGGCGCCAACGUGAUCAGCGUUUCACCCUUCCAGUUCAUAUGACGUGGUUAUAAACAUCGAAGCGGAUUCAACAUAUUCAAUGUGAAAAGUUGGAAAAUUUCCCUCUGCUCAGCUUGCAAUCACGGCGAUCGAAUGGUCUGAUGCUCAGACGUCAAAAUUCCCCGGACGAAUGUUUGAUGGACUGCUAUUGCAUGAGUUGUGGAGUCCACCAAUGUUUCACCGCAUAAUCCACAGAACGACACAAGUGAACGAGACCUCAAUAGCACGAGGGGAAAAUAAAGGAGAGAGCCAUGAAUGCCAAUACAACGCCUCCAGAUCAUGAAACGAGCGAAUUUGAUGAGGUUCUUCAGCCUGCAGAAUGAGUAUUGUAUUGAUGGAGGUGAUGAGUGGCACGAUUGAUGGAAAAUGGGUGUUGGAGGCCAGCAGUCAUCAGAACGCAGCAGUCCAGUCCCUUCGACAUCCAGCACUCGCCUUGGAAACCACUUGCGAGGCAUCAGUGCACUCCAGCGAGACGAAGGAAACAAGAAAUCGACGCCUUGCUUUUGAAAACGCAGACCACUCUCCAGAGAGCCCACAAAGUCCUCAACAAACAGGACGAGAAGCCUCGCGAUUUGUCCAACGAGAGCUACGGCAGGCAAAUGGCCUACAGACGUAGCACUUACGGUUCCACUGUCGGCGUGCAGAGGAGGGAUCCAAUUAUCGACAUACGACCGCCACGAGAAUGCUUUCUGGCGACUCAGGCUCACACAUUGCUGAAUCUGGUGACGGACGUGGUCGAUUCGCACCACCAACGACAGAUGGCCAAAAAAGUGGACUUUCGCAAACCUCGGACCAACAAAGUGGAGAAGAUCCCGCCGCCAGUUUUACUCCCUCCGUUUAACCUCCACAUCAAGCAGCGCCCACUCUCGAAAUCCUACUAUCUUGGAGGCUCCUUACGCGCGAGGAGAGAAACACUAGCGAUGAAGGAGAAGGACAAAGCAAAGGCUCGCAAAUCGGAAGGAGAUGGUUUGUUCGUGGCCGGACAUGGGAUACGGUUUGACAGGCGGAGGUCAACUGAAAUUCCCGAAGGCCUCGGAUACCAGAAUGCUCGGAAGAAUGUCGAAGAGAAACUCGGCGAGUAUACCAGAAACUAUCAGGCGCGGAGGGAGCUUUCAUUCCGGGCUACUGCUCUUGUCAAGGAGAAGCGUCGUACGAGAAUGACAUUAUUCUUGGAGCACGAGAGGCAUAGCAUGGAAGUGAAAGCGGCCAUCGCAAAAGCGAAAGAGAAGCAUUGACCUCCUCCGAACUCAGCAGGAGAAAUUGAGCAUCGGCUCCAAGAAGCGCACUGGAAAUUCGUGACCCCAACGUCAAAACCUUCCUAAGGCAUUCCCUAAGAAGCCUUAACAUCGUCGAAGACAAGCCAGUUUCCAGAAGAAAAAUCGAAUCCUCAGGGGUCAAGGGAGUGACGACAAAACUUCAUCAUCCCACCGAGGAAACCCGCUUAUCUUGGAUUAUCGAGGCAUACUAUCUCUGCGCUCAUGCUCUUCGAAGACUCCUACAAGUACGAUACAUUCAAACAAAUCAAGCGCGCCGAGGACCGGGCAGGCCGUCCCAGCCAUUCAGACAGCGUAUUCAUGGUGUGGAUGUGAAUUGAAGCAAACCCAGGGUACAAGCACCUCAUCAGCGGUGUCGAGCAAAGUAGGUGGGAAACUCAGGACUUAAUUGCCCUGCUUUGGUUACCUGGUCGCUAUAUUUCAGGCCGACACAGCUUGUGGCCUGACAGACUGCUUUGCCCUAAAGCCAGUAGAGCCAUAACACCACCCAUUAUAUACAUACGUUGAAGAAUUGGUCACUUAUGUACAAUCAAAUUGAAAUAUAUUUUCGUCAUCAGACGAGUUGCUAUCUACACAGAACGAAAGAUUCUAAAACUAUGCCCUUCAUUCCAAUCAUGAACUAUGUGUCCACCUUUACAAAAAGUUCAUCCAAAGCACUAUAAAGCGGAGCUGCAGCCCGAGGUCUUGGAACGUCUCCAAGAAGAAUGUCGACUGCAGUGACACCAGAUUCUCCAUAAAAGCGCAUGUUGGCGGAGGACCGUGUCGCCACAACAUUGCCUUCGAUUGAACAUCCGACGAACGCUCC